AUGGACGGCACGGAGAUCGCGGUGUCCCCGAUGGCGCUGUCACUGUGUCACUGUGUCCCCAUGGGUGUCAGUGUCACAGGGGUGGCUCAGGGUGUCACUGAUGUCCCCAAUGUCCCCAAUGUCACCCAGGAGGAGGCCAUCAUGGACGGCACGGAGAUCGCGGAGGCCAUCAUGGACGGCACGGAGAUCGCGGUGUCGCCGCGCUCGCUGCACUCGGAGCUCAUGUGCCCCAUCUGCCUGGACAUGCUCAAGAACACCAUGACCACCAAGGAGUGUCUGCACCGCUUCUGCUCCGACUGUAUAGUGACGGCAUUGCGCAGCGGGAACAAGGAGUGCCCCACGUGCAGGAAGAAGCUGGUUUCCAAGCGUUCCCUGCGCCCCGACCCCAAUUUCGACGCGCUCAUCUCCAAGAUCUACCCGAGCCGUGACGAGUACGAGGCGCACCAGGACCGCGUCCUGGCCAAGCUCAGCCGCCUGCACAACCAGCAGGCGCUCAGCUCCAGCAUCGAGGAGGGCCUCAAGAUGCAGGCCAUGCACAGGUCCGCGGGUGCGCUCAAGCUGGCGGCAGUGGGACCCGGGGGUUCUCCGCGGCGAGGGAGACCUCGGCACAUCAUCCCAUCAUCCGCCGGGCCCAACAUUCGAUCCUCAGCGUUCAGCGCCUCCGGCGACUCGGAGCCCGACCCGAGGCCGAGCCAGCGGGCACACCCCGCGGGUGGGCCGGGGCUGCCUGGCGAGGCGGGCGGGCCGAGGCGGGGGCAGCCCUCAUCCUCAGGCAGCAGCGAGAUCGAGCUGGUGUUCAGGCCACACCCCCUGCUGGUGGAGAAGGGAGAGUACUGCCAGACGCGCUUUGUGAAGACCACCUCCAACGCCACGGUGGAUCACCUGUCCAAGUACCUGGCGCUACGCAUCGCCCUGGAGGAGGCCCCGCCCCCCGGCGCUGACCCCGCCCCCUCGCUGGGUGACGUCAGCGAGAAGCAGUACACCAUCUACCACCCCCAGCCGCCCGGUAACUUCGGAAACGGGCGGGGCCUGGCAAACAUGGCCUGG